GGGUCUCUGUGUGUGUCUCUCUCUCUCUCUCUCUCUCUCUCUCUCUCUGUGUGUGUAUGUGUAUCUCUCUCUCUCUCUCUCUGUGUGUUUUUCAGGUGACGCAGCUGAGCGCCGUUAGUGAAGAUGGCGAGUGCAGAGACCGCAGCGGAGCACGAGCGGAUCCUGCGGGAGAUUGAGAGCACAGACACCAACUGUAUCGGUCCCACACUCCGAUCAGUCUACGAUGGGCAAGAGCAUGGACUUUUUAUGGAGAAGCUGGAGGGGCGGAUUCGUAACCAUGACCGUGAGAUCGAGAAAAUGUGCAACCAUCACUUCCAGGGCUUUGUCGACUCCAUUACAGAGUUGCUCAAAGUUCGUGGAGAGGCCCAAAAACUCAAAGGUCAGGUGACUGAGACCAACAGGAAGCUACAAAGUGAUGGCAAGGAGCUGCUGACAACCAUGGAUGAGUUGAAGCAGUGUCGUUUGCAGCAGAGGAACAUCGCAACCACCAUUGACAAGCUCACACACUGCCUGCCAGUGCUGGAAAUGUACAGCAGACUACAAGAACAGAUGAGGACCAAAAGAUACUACCCAGCUUUGUGCACGUUGGAGCAGUUGGAGCACACCUGCCUGCCGAAGGCGGGGGGCUACCGGUUCUGUGCCAUCAUGGCAGAGAACAUCCCAGUCCUCCGCACACACAUCAGAGAUGUGUCCAUGUCUGAUCUGAAAGACUUCCUGGAGAGCAUACGCAAACACUCAGACAAGAUCGGAGAGACGGCAAUGAAACAGGCACAGGUGCAGAACUCUCGCGACAGUGAUGUCACACACCAACAGAGGACAGGCAGUGGACGGCGAUUACGUAAGGAGGCGGGGUCGGGCACUGAGGUGGAUCGGUCAGGUGGCAGCCCGCUCUCAGAGCAGGAUUCUGGGAUACUAGAUGUUGAGGAUGAGGAAGAUGAUGAGGUGCCAGGCGCUCAGGACUUGGUGGACUUCUCUCCUGUAUAUCGCUGUCUGCACAUCUACACUGUACUGGGUGCCCGGGAUACAUUUGAGAACUACUACAGGAAGCAGAGGAGGAAACAAGCUCGACUUGUGUUGCAACCACAUUCUAACAUGCAUGAAACACUAGAGGGAUACAGACGGUACUUCAAUCAAAUUGUAGGUUUCUUUGUAGUAGAGGACCACAUCCUGCAUACAACUCAAGGCUUGGUGAAUAGAGCUUAUGUGGAGGAGUUAUGGGAAUUAGCCCUGUCAAAGACGAUUGCAGCACUACGUACCCACUCAUCCUACUGCACUGACCCUGACCUAAUUCUGGAUCUGAAGAACCUCAUAGUCCUUUUUGCAGACACACUGCUGGGUUAUGGGUUUCCAGUGAAUCAGCUGUUUGACAUGCUGCUUGAGAUGAGAGAUCAAUAUGGAGAGAUUCUUCUAAAGAAAUGGAACCAGUCCUUCAGGCAAAUUAUUGAUCAAGACAAUUACAGUCCAAUCCCUGUGGCAACAGAGGAGGAGUACCGGCGAAUCACAGGCCAAUUCCCCUUCCAGGACCCAGAACUAGAAAAGAUGUCUUUUCCGAAGAAACUUCCAUUCUCGGAGUUUGUACCCAAAGUAUACUCUCAACUCAAGGAGUUCAUCUACGCUUGUCUCAAAUACUCAGAGGACCUGCACCUUAGUUCUACAGAAAUUGACGACAUGAUCCGAAAGUCGACCAACCUGCUGCUCACAAGAACCCUCAGUAACUGCCUGCAGUAUGCCAUCAAGAAGAAAAAUGUGGGAUUAGCAGAACUUGUUCAAAUCAUCGUGAACACAACUCACCUGGAGGCAUCCUGUCACUACCUGGAAGAGUUCAUCUCCAACAUCACCAGUGUGCCUCCAGACACAGUCAAUGCCACUAAACUCUAUGGCACUUCGACCUUUAAGGAUGCAAGGCAUUCGGCAGAAGAGGAGAUCUACACUAACCUGAAUCUGAAGAUCGAUCAGUUCCUUCAGCUGGCUGAUUAUGAUUGGAUGGCAACCCAAGGGGGUGGGCAGGCCAGUGACUACCUGAUUGACCUCAUCGCCUUCCUCUGCAGCACUUUUGCAGUGUUCACACACCUGCCUGGCAGUCCAAUAGAGCACGCCAGACUGCCGGGAAAAGUUGCUCAGACAGCUUGUAUGUCUGCAUGUAAACACCUUUCCACCUCCUUGCUGCAGCUGCUAUUGGAGGCUGAUGUCAGGCAGGUAUCCAUGGGAGCUCUGCAGCAGUUCAAUGUUGACGUCAAAGAAUGUGAGAGGUUUGCCAGGGCCGGCCCGGUGCCUGGCUUCCAGGGGGACACUCUGCUGCUCGCCUUCAUCGACUUGAGACAACUGUUGGAUCUCUUUACCCAGUGGGACUGGUCUACAUACCUUGCCGAUUAUGGACGUCCUACUUGCAAGUACUUGAGGGUCAAUCCACAUGUUGCCCUUGCCCUUUUGGAGAAGAUUUCACGAGCGAUGAAGGACACUAGUCGGAAAAACAACAUGUUCGCUCAGUUCCGUAAGAAUGAGCGCGACAAACAGAAGCUGAUCGACACAGUCGUCAAGCAGCUGAGGAACCUCAUCGCUACCCACCAGUCCUGAGUCCACUGGUUGUUAUGUCUGCUAACUCCUGCAUGUCUUCCUUGACUGGUCAGCUUUUCUGACAGAGCAGACUACACUGACCCGUCUUUAUUGGUGAGGGGGGGUGAGGGGGGGGGUGCUCUUUACAGUUCAACUGUAAAAGACAACAACUAUAACAAAAAAAAAAAUAGAACUUGCACUAACAUACAUGAGUGCCAUGAGUCUUUGAAGACUAAUAUGUGCCUCACCCUGAGGUGUGCCCAGACUGUUUUGCCAUUUUGUGCCAAUGUCUUACUGAUAUGUCUCAGUGCUCUCAGUAUAAGUGACACCUGGAGUUACUUGUCUUCCUACAUAACUAUCUAAGCACACUAUAGAGUUGCCAGAUUGAGUUUUCACCAUAGCCGUUCUUUUGGUUCCCUUUCUUUUCAUUUUAAGUUUCGGUGACACUUUGGAUAACAGCUCUCAAUACCUACCGAUAGCACAUUUGCCAAUAUCCAUGUAUUUAUCUAUUUUGACCCAUAUUUUAUAGAAAUAACUAGACUGUCAAUUGUUACAAUGCGUCCUAGAAAUUGAUGUUUUAACCUACUGCACAGUUCUGACUAUUAGUCAAGCUGGAAUAUGUAAUAGUCACUAUUCUACAUUUGGAAUAAUACAAAGGCCUUUAUAUAGAAAAUAGGGCAGAAAUGAAGUUGCAAAUCAGUACUGUUGUUGCUUUAACCUUACCCUUCCACAGGGACUCAAUCUACUACUGGCAUUCUCCAUGCAGUGGUUACGCAGAGACCACCUGCCAGAUCUAGAUAAAUCUUUUUUUUUUUUUUUUUGCUAAGGGAAAGCAGACGGCCUUUUGCAGUCUUCCAGUUCACCCAUGUGUUUGUGUUUGUUUAUGCAACUUAAAGUGGGUGAAUACUCAUCUGAAAAGGGUGAGUGUGAAAUUGCUGUAUUUAAAUGAUGGGUUUUCCUCCCUAGCAUUUUCUCACAUAAGCGUGGGUGCAAUAUUACUUGCCUUUCAGAGAGGGAAAGAAUUAAUAAAUUUUUGUUUAAGGAGGAGUGCAUAGUUCAAUUUUUUAGUGGUUGUGGAACUUUCUCUCAUUUUUUGUGUCCAUAAACCCUACACCUUCAUAAAGGGAUACAAAUAUAAUCUAGAACUAAAGGGAAUUUUCCUCUGUUCUCUCAUAUCUUAAAGGAGCCAGUUGUGGUGUUAGAACAAGUGUGUGUAUGUUCACUGUUUUCUGGUUGUGCUGUUUGUGCCUUGACCUUUUUUUCCACCACAGGAAUUGAUUGUAGUGUUCUGCGCUGCACCUAGACUUGGUUUGGUGACCAAGCCGUGGGAACGUAUGUGUGAGGAAGAGAGAGAAAAUGACUAGCUGUAAGAAUGUGUGUCUGUGUGUUAGUUUAUGUAUAGAAAAACUUUAUUCAUUUUGGUGUUGAUGGAUACAGGUGCACUGUACAGACUGUAAUGUUAAACCACUAAUGAAUGACCUUACAAUACUAAUAAAGUUUAAAAGUACAUGAUGAACAAAAAAAGUCACA